UGAAAAAUUCAUUCAUUUCUACUUGCCCUCCUAGCAGACAUUAUUUGACAGAGCAAGUGGCAGUGGUAGUGCGAAAAAAAAAAACGAAAGAAAAAAAUACGCAGACAAACAACGAUACCAGAAAAAAAUACCUCGAACAAGAAUUUUUUAUAUUUUUUUGUGUUAAAUAUAGUGCAUAAAUGGCUAAAAGAAAUAAAUAGCCAAAUAUCUAAACGUCGAACCCAGCAACCAAACAAGAAAAUUCUAUAAUGAAAAAAAAAAUACAAACGAGCCCACUGUAAUACCUAACAUAUAAAAAUAAAACAAUAACAAAAAAAUCAUAACAAAAACAGCUGAUUUUGAAAAAAAGUGCGAAAGAGAGUGUUUUAUUGAAUUUCCAUAAGAGAGAGAGAUUGAAAAAGAAAACAGUGAAAAGUGUAGUGUAUAAAGAGGAAGCAAAGCGAAAAACAACCUGCAAAUGUUAGAUGAUGAGAGGAGCUAAAGAACAAAAACAAUAGCCAGCCAUUCGAGAACACCCAUUGCUCUGGCCGCAAAGAGACUACGUUAGUCAGUCGGUUUUUUACUUUCUCCCGUGUUGGCAGCUGGUGAAAAUUUUCAAGAAAACAUGAAAAAUAAAUUGACAUUUUUUUCUUAACGAAACGGUGCGUGAGCGAGUGAGUGAGUGAGAAAUAAAAACAACUACUUGUUUUGCAAAAUCCUCCAACAACAACUACAACAAGAAAACUUACAACAAAACAAACACAACAGACCAAGUGUCAUCGGCAGAAGUAUCUCAACAAAUUUACAGAGAGCCGCCAUACACACAUAUUUAUAUCUGAGUCUAUGUGUUCAUGUGUGUGUGUGCGUUCGUAUUUUCACUUAGAUAAUCUGAAUCAUAACAACACACAAGCGUCCGAACAAAACAUCUAAAUAUUUGAGCUGGCCGUCAAACACAAUACCAGGCAUAAAAUCUAUAAGAAAUUUACCAAAUUCCUUCACCUACGUCAUGGCAAAGUGAAACGCUUCUCCCCCUCCCAUUCGUCAUUAGCCACCUCGAAUUCAACGACCACAACACAACUGACCGCAACCACAACAACAACGCCACGUAAAAGUCCCACAGAGCUAAGGCGAACGACACAAGCAACAGCAACAACAACACCAUACCACCACCACGCUGACGCUGACGACAUUGUCAAUAUGUCAGAGACCGAUGAAAAUCCACGAGCCUCCACUUCCAGAGAUGCAGCAGCCUUGGCAGCAAUGCCAAACGGCAAUGGCAAAGUCAACAGCACCCGGGGCAGUAUCACAAGUGCAAGUGCCGUUGAGUCACGAAAACCGUCACCGCAGAAACAGCGGCGCUCAAAGUCUUCACCCCGCCAUGCCGUCGCUGAACCCAAACAGCCUCGCCGAUCCCUGCUCUCCAUACCGAGUACCCUGAAACUGAGCAUGCUGAACAGUGGCCUGCUCUCGUUCGAGAAAAUCAAAUUGGAGGCCCGCGAUGAAAACAAUUCCCUGUCGAAGACCAUGCCCACCCACCCCAUUGAUACGCAACAGUUCAUAAAAAUGUGUGAGCUACGUCGGAAAUUCCCCGUCCUCUAUAAAUUGGAAUUUCAAACAGCUGCCAAGGUCGAGACAAACACCUGUCGCUAUGCCAUGAAGAAGAGCAAUCAUGGCAAGAAUCAAAAUCCCAAGUGCAUUCCCUACGACUACAAUCGGGUGGUGCUGAAGAAGGUCGAAGGUGAGCCGGAUUCCGAUUACGUGAAUGCUUCGUAUGUCGAUAGUUUGCUGAAACCCAAUGCCUACAUUGUUACCCAGGGUCCGGUGGAGGACACGGUGAAUGCCUUUUGGCGCAUGGUGUGGCAGGAGAAUGUCAGCGCCAUUAUUAUGCUCACCAAGACUUUCGACUUUGCCAAGGUCAUGUGUGUCCAAUACUGGCCGCCCAACCGUGAGGUACACGAAACCUAUGGCGACAUCAAUAUCAGCAUCAUCAAGGAGGAACAACUGGCCAAUUUCCAUAUACGCCACUUCCGCCUCUACAAGGUCAACGAGGCCAAUAGAUCGGAAAUUGUGGAGGAUCGGCUGCUGCUGCAGUUCCACUACACCGAAUGGUAUUCCCACUGUUGCCCCUUUUCGAAUGCCCUGCUGGAGUUUCGUCGCCGAGUUCGCCUGGUCGUCGGCAAUAUUAUAAAAGACAAAGACACACGAGGUCCCAUGUUGGUCCACUGUGGUGAUGGUGGUGGUCGUUCGGGGGUAUUCGUAUCGAUCGAUGCCAAUCUGGAGCUCCACGAAGAGGAGGAAUGUUUCAACAUCUAUGGCUAUCAAAAGAAACUGAGGCAGUCACGCAAAGGCCUUGUGGAAAAUGUCGAUCAAUACAAAUUCAUCUACGACACACUGGAGGAACACAUCGUAUGCGGCAAAACCUGGUUUCCCGUCUCCGAACUAUCCGAUCGCCUAAAGGCCAAGGCACGACGCAACUCCCAGGCCAAAAUGAACGAAUACCAAAUGGAAUACGACAAAAUCUGCAAGCAGACGCCACGCUUCACCAUCGGCGACUGUGCCGGUGGCCAUCGAGCCGACAAUCGCGAGAAGAAUCGUGAUGUCCUGUGUGUACCGCCCGACAACUUCCGUCCCUAUCUGACAUCGUUUCAAGGUAACGCCUUUACAGAUUACAUCAAUGCCGUCUACGUGGAUGGCUAUACCAAGCCGCGUGAGUACAUCGUCACCGAAUGGCCCAUGAAGCAUACGCUGGGUGAGUUUUGGUCCCUGGUUUACGAUACCGAAUGCUCAGCGGUGGUAGUGCUGUGCCAACCCCCCGCCAAUUCCCAAACCUUCCCCUCAUUCUGGCCCAUCAAAUCCAAAAUGGAGAAGUACGGUCCCGUCUUCUCCGUACACUAUUCCGCUGCACGCAGUUACACCAACAUCAAACAAUGGGAAUUCAAGAUAAACAAAAAAAUCGUCUCAUUGACCGAAAUGAUGGCCGGCGUUAAGGCACCAACACGCACUGUACAGCUCUUCCAAUUGACGUGUUGGCCCAUGGGCCAUAAGGUGCCCACAUCGACCAAUUCGCUGGUCUACCUGAUGAACAUGGUCGAAUUGUGGCGCGCCAAAACCGAUUAUGGCCCAGUAUGUGUUGUAUCACCCGAUGGUCGUAGCCGUUGCGGCGUGUACUGUGCCGCUAAUGCUUGUAUCGAACAGGUCAUACAACAUGGUGAAGUGGAUGUUUUUCAGGCUGUCAAAACGGUUAGACGUAAUCGUCCGCAUCUGGUAGAGAAUAUGACCGAAUACAAAUACUGCUAUGACUUGGUAUUGCAUUAUGUUUUACAUUUUCUAAACAAAAAAGAUUAAACUGCACAGAUAUUUUUUCCAGGAGUUUGUAUGGAGGAUUUCAAAAGAUAUUGAAAAAAAAACUCACACACAAAGGCAAAGCAAAGAAAAGACGACAAAUAGGCAAGAUUUUAGAAAAUCUAGGUGAUGAGACACCCUUUGAGUUAACGAGAGAAGUUUUAGAAGAAAUCUGAACAGAAGUUGUUGGACGUAGAUAAAAAAAAAACUUGUAAAGGUUUAUCUUUUAAAUGAGCUAGGGCUCAGCACUUAGGUUUCAUGUUUAUAAACGAUUUGAGAAGGUUUUAUAUAAAUUCGUGGAAGUAUGUGUUGAGAUAUUGGGUCAUAUUGUCCCGAACCGUUUUUUUUUAUAAGGUUUCGCAAUUAUUAUGCAGAGAAGAAAGGAAGGAACAAGUUUAACUUAGGUUAGGGUAUUAUUCAAUCAACCUUGAAGGAUUCUGAAAAGGAAAACAAAAUUUUAAAAAGUUGAAAGAAGACCCCAAAAUUAAAGGCAAUUAAGAUUUUGAAAUUCAGAUUAAUAAAUAAGAUUUUUCUUAAAUAAGGCUAAGGACACAGUAUUUCAGAAUCGCACAUGAUAUCGAU